CCCAAGCAAACAUACGUAUUCUUUCAACCCCAAACCUGAGGCCUGGAGGUUAGAAAAGCAAAGCGGGGCUUCAGUUCGCCAUCAUACCAUUCACACACACCGGACUGUUCACUCCUAGCAAACAAACCAUGUCUACUGAUAUGUAUGAGACAAAUGCUUGGGGCAAGAAGAGCCAAGAGACUGAAUUUGAGAAGAUUAAAAUCCAGAGAAAUCUGGCUGGAGAUAACGAUGUGAGUUUUGACCUGCAAUACUGUGGAAUCUGUCACAGUGACAUUCAUUUUGCCAACAAUGAGUUGGGAAACACCAGCUAUCCCAUAGUACCCGGGCAUGAGCUGGCCGGCGUGGUGACCGCUGUUGGCUCCAAUGUGACCGGGAUCAAAGUUGGGGAUCGUGUUGGCGUUGGAUGUAUUGUUGACAGCUGUAACAAAUGCUCCCAGUGUGAGAAAGGAGAAGAGAACUUCUGUGAAGGUGGUUUCACGAAUGCAUUCAACUACCCAUUGGUCCAUGGAGGUUUAAAGACCAACACCGGAUACUCCUUCGGAGGCUACUGCGAGUCUAUGACUGUUAACAAGAGAUACAUCGUCAAAAUCCCUGACAAUUAUCCAAUGGAAGCUGCCGGACCCAUUUUCUGUUCAGGUAUCACUAUGUAUUCACCACUGGCUCACUGGAAAGCUUUGCCUGGAGGUAUGAACGUUGGAAUCAUUGGCAUUGGAGGUCUUGGUCAAAUGGGAGUGAGGUUAGCCAAAGCAAUGGGAAAUAAAGUCACCGCAAUUUCAACAAGCCCAAAUAAAAAAGCUGAUGCAAUGGCCAUUGGAGCAGACAACUUCAUUGUCUCCAAGGAUGCUGACAGUAUGGCUUCAGGCGAGAACUCUUUGGAUUUGAUCCUCAACACUGUGUCAGCUCCUCAUGAGCUUUCCCACUAUCUCCCUCUGCUGAGGAAAGAUGGAACUCUAGUUCAGCUUGGAUUGGUGACUGCUAACCACAGCGUCAACCAGUUUCCAUUCCUCAUGAAGCGUAUCAACCUCUCUGGGUCUGUUAUCGGUGGAAUGCCGGAGACCCAGGACUGCAUGGACUUCUGUGCCAAGCAUGGGAUAAUUCCUGCCACCAAACUGGUGAAAGCUGAUCAAAUAGGAGAGGUUUACAAAUCACUGGAGACAAAGAACGAUCAAAUUGUUCGUUACGUUCUGGAUAUCAAAGCUAGCCUUUAAAUUGGACCAUUUCAUGUUAUUACUGUACUUUACUAUUUUUAUCUUAGAAUCUUAUUCUCAAGUUUGUGUUUAAAUUUAAGAUAAAAAUUAACACAUUA